UGAUUGUGGAGCUUUGACUAAAGACAUGGCGUCCAUUCGUCAGAGAUCCGGCAGUCAAGGAGCAGCAUCGAAUGAGGUACAUUAUAGAAUUGUUGUACUCGGAGCUGCUGGUGUGGGUAAAUCAUCCAUCAUAUCACAGUUUUUAUACGAAAGGUUUAAUAGUGAAUAUAAAGAGACAGUAGAGGAAUUACACCGAGGACAGUAUAACAUUGGAGGUAUUAAACUGACAUUAGAUAUUCUGGAUACUGCUGGACAUAGGGAAUUUCCCGCCAUGAGAAAGUUAGCGAUAACAACCAGUGAUGCAUUUGUUUUAGUGUAUUCAGUUACGGAUAUGACUUCGUUUGAUGAGGUACAAAAACUACGAGAAGAAAUAAUAUCUCAGCGUGGUAAAGUGCCCAUAGUUAUAGUGGGAAAUAAAGCUGAUAUAAACACUGAUGUGCCGACAAUGGACACAGAAACAAUUGAAUCAAUAGCUUGUGUAGACUGGGAAUCAGGCUUUGUACAGGCUUCAGCUAAGGAAAAUACGAACAUUGUAGGAAUUUUUCAAGAACUGUUACGGCUGUCUAAAUUUUCUAAUUCAUUAAGUCCGGAUUUAAUACGGAGACGGAUGUCUAUGCCAGUUUCAUUAUCAUCGCAAUCUCUUGUAAAAAGACAAAGUUGUGUAAUAUCAUAA